CCCUCGCUCCCUUUGUCUUGUCGUGUUCCGCACUUCAUUUUCGACGCUUCCCCCGAUUUUUAAUUCAACUAACAAGAGCUUUCCGCAACCCCCCAUGCCGUGGAUCACGACGGACGCAGUCAGUGACUGAAUAAUGCACCAGGAUUCGUUCAGCGGUGGGUGAUCGGUUGUGGCCCGCAGCGUGUAGGAAAUGGUUCCGGAUCUGUGCAGUGUGUAGUAAUCGAGUAAGCGAGAGCCAGGGAGACGAUCGGACGGAAUUGGGACCGUUGGUCGUUACAUUGAAUUACUCGAAGUGUGUAUGUGUGCAUCGUGUUGGCUGUUGCGGGCUGACGACGACAGGCGUCUCCUUGUUUGUGCUUGAUGCGAUUUAAUAAGAUUUUGAUGCAAGGGCUGCGUUAGUUCGUGUUUGGAGGGGUGGAUUCCGUUUCGAGGGAGAAGUGGGACGUAGGGUGGAGGGAUGGCAGCUGCUGCCGCACGGAGGGCCGUGCAGCAUCAGAGGGGCCCGCUGCAGGCAAUGCAAUUAGCUGCUGAUUCUCACUUGAGAGACAUUUUUGUGGAGCUUAACAUUCCUGAUGCGAGAUUGAAGAUGCCAGUAUCUGCACCAUUUGCGUCUCACGGUCGGCAAGCCUUCCAAGAUCAUACACCUUGGCUGUUGUAUCCGCAUGAAUUGACCCUUUGGAGGGCGUGGGAUUAUAAGGCAGUUCGGGGAUAUCAUAUGCGGAACAUAUCCCAGCUUGUCGCGCCAGCGAAUAACAAGAGAGCCUUUCUUGUUGAUACUCUGGCGCUGGUUCGAAGAUUGGAAGCUCAAGGAUUGACUCCCAAGCAAGCUGAGGCAAUCACAGCAGUCAUUACGGAGGUGCUCAAUGAUAGCUUGGAGAACGUGGCUCAAUCGUUCACCUCUAAAACAGAGAUGACAAGAAGUGAGAUGAUGGCCGAAGCAGCUUUGUCGAAGUUUAAGGGUGAAGUACAAAGUUCACAGGAGCAUCACUUUGCAACAUUGCAGCGAGAAACAGAAAGGCUUCGAACUGAUAUUGACAAAAUGCGAAGCGAACUUAGGUAUGAAAUUGACAAAGUAACAGCCGGACAACGCCUUGAUUUGAACCUAGAAAGAGGACGCAUACGUGAGGAGUUAGCCACGCAGAGCAGCGAGACUUCCAACCUUACUAACAAGUUAGACAGAGAAAUACAUACAUUGAAAACACAACUUGAAGCAGCCAAGUACGACGUCAUUAAGUAUUGCAUUGGUACUAUUGUUUCUGUUACGGCUGUUGGACUUGGUCUCCUCCGCAUUCUAAUUUGAGUGCAAGCAGAGUACUAUACCCCAAGUUCCUUGCUGAGUGUACUCUUUUUUCAGUGGAAUGUACUGCAUGAAUCGUGUCAGGGAUGUUAUCAUAUGAGUAUGCUGAAAUCUUUCUGAUGUUUCCAGUUAGAGGUUUAAACCAAUUGAAGGAAAUAUCGAACUUGGACGUUUCAAGCAGACCUGGUUUACGUUGGUGCUGGACCUCCGCAAAUGUAUUUGCGAAUGGCCUUUCGUGGAUUUUACCGCAAACUGGAGCUUCGGAACCCAUUAAAUUUCAUGUAGCAUUCGGAAGCACAUUUUUUAUGUCAUUGCAUUGAGGCCUCGUGGAGGCAAUUCAUAUCAUCAUCUACCCUGUAUUUGGGGCUGCUGCUUAUCAAUUUGCAAUUUGUAUGAUCAAUCAAAAUGCGCAAUUUGAAGGCAUUUAAAGGGAAUUUCAUCCUUGCACUCGCCCUUUCUCGGGCUCCCAGUGGGAGAGUGACACGAGUUUUGGAGGUGGUAUGCUUCAAUCUCUCCAGUUAUCAAGAAAUGUCAUACAUAUUGCAGGAUGCUUUUGAUUAGCUCCUUCCUCUGAGUAGAGCCGAGCAGAAGAACCGCUCAUUAGCCCUUCAAUCAUCUUGAGCGUGAAGAUCCAGAAUUCAAAAGUUGGAAACCAAACAUUUCAAAUAAGACAUGAUUUCAUUUCAAGGAAA